AUGGCGGCGACAUCAAAGAAGCCAUGGCGAAAUUUUAGACGAAAAGCUGCCGAUGAAAGCGAUUCUGAAGAAAAUCAAAAUGAUCAGCAAGAUGACGAUAUGGAAGCAGAAGAAGAAAAGAGUGCUGUCGACAUUAUUGUGAAACCCGCAAAAAAGAAAAAGAAGAAAAAAGACAAAAAAGAUUCUGCGAAACUUCUCAGUUUCGAAGACGAUCACGACGUUGACGAUGGGGAUGUUUUCAAAAUCAAGAAAUCCAGUCAAAGCAAAAGAUUAGCCAAACAACUGAAGAAGGAGAAGAUGAAAGAGAAAGAAGAAAUUUUGAAAGCUAAGGAAGAAAACCCUGGCCCCAAGGAUGUUUCAUCAAAGAAAUCUGAGGAAGAAACAGAUGAAAAAAUCAGGCGAUUGAGAGAGGAGUUCAUGACAUUAAAUGGUGAUGAUGCUGCAGCUUUGGAUAUGGACAGUGAGGAAGAAGAUAAAGGCACUCUCCAUAAGUUGUUAGGCAAGGGUGAAAUACCAGAUGCCAACAUGAUCCACAAUAUAAGGAAGAAGCGACAGCAGGCCAGAGAUAUGGGAGACUUUGUGCCUUUGGAUAAUGCAGCUAAACAAGAGAAUUCCUCCUCUAGACUUGUCAGAGAGGAUGACAAUGAUAAAAGUGAAGAUGAUGAAGAAGGAAGAAUGGACUUCUCUGUAAAUAUGGCCGCUUUAGAACGACAACGAAUUAAGGAUCAAUUCUUGGCUGCAGAGCAUGGAAGUGAUGAGGAGAGUGACCAGGAGAGGGAGUGGGAGGCACAACAGAUCAAGAAAGGAGUUACAGUUGGACAGCCCGUGGAGACCAAAGCAGAGGAUCAAGAAGUGUCUGAUGAUGGAACAAGUCAAACUAAUGGCUACACGUAUCAGUCUACCAACAACGUCACAUUCCAACCUUUCACUGCCAUGUCCAAAACCAGCAACCUCACUGAUAUUAACAUGGAUGUCAUCAAAAAACGUCUUAAAGAAAGACUUGAUUCAAUGGAGGAGGUCAGCCAGCGUCACACACAGGAACGGGAUACACUGGUCGCUGACAUCGAUGAUGCUGAUCAAACCACUGUCACAUGCGAAGGCAGUGUUGAUUCAUUGGAGAAGCGAUAUCGCUUCUUCCAAGAAAUGAGGGGGUAUGUGAGAGACUUGGUUGAAUGUCUCAAUGAGAAGGUACCCAUUAUCAAUGACCUGGAGACAAGGAUGUUGAAUCUGUUGCGGCGCCAGUCAGAGCAGUUGGUAUCCCGAAGACAGCAGGAUGUGCGCGAUCAGUGUCAGGACUACAUGACAAGUAAAGCCAAAAUUGUGAUGGAAUCUUCUGAAGGACAGGCCAAACAGAUGAGGACAGCAGAGCGUGAAGCUAGAAGGUCCCGAAGACGAAGAAAGCGAGAAGUAAAGAACAUACGAGGACAUCAUGAGGGCCUUUCAUCUGAUGAUGAGGAAAACCAGUCAGAAAUUACCAAAUUCAAUUUAGAAAAAGAGGUCAUUGAUACAGGUGUGGAAAGGCUGUUUGAAGAUGUCGAGGAUGAUUUCAAGGAAGUGUCGUGUGUACGAGAACGAUUUGAAUCUUGGAAAGAAGAAUAUGGAGAGACUUACUCUGAAGCCUACAUCGGACUCUGUUUACCUAAGCUCUUCAAUCCAUUUGUGCGACUUCAGUUAAUUCAGUGGAAUCCACUUGAAGCAAAUGGCCAGGACUUUGAAGAUACCCAAUGGUUUGAGACGUUGGUUUUCUAUGGCUGUCAGCCUGAGGACACAGAGCAGGAAAUGAACAAUGAUGACAUCAAACUUUUACCGACCAUUGUAGAAAAAAUUAUUGUCCCGCGAAUAACAGUGUUAGCAGAGACGGUAUGGGACCCACUGUCUACCACUCAAACCUCACGUCUCGUCAACAUGAUCCAGCGUAUCAUCAGGGACUAUCCAUGUGCUCACCAUUCAAACAGAUCCAUGCAGAACUUACUACAUGCUGUUGUGAAACGACUGCAGAAAACCUUGGAUGAUGAUGUCUUUAUGCCUCUCUAUCCAAAAUCUGCAAUAGAGAAUCGAUCAUCUGGGGCCGCUGUGUUCUUCCAUAGGCAGUCCUGGACUUGUAUAAAGUUACUAGGCAGUAUUAUGAGUUGGCAUGGUAUUAUAUCGACCAGCAUUCUACAAUCCUUAGCUCUAGAUGGCCUUCUCAACCGCUACGUUAUCCUUGGGCUUUGUAACUCUGUUUUGAACCAAGAAACUAUACAGAAAUGUCACUCGAUUGUCUCUACAUUCCCAAAGGAGUGGUUUACCGGCCUGGACGAGGAGAAGACUUUACCCCAGCUGGAGAAUCUCUGUAAAUACUUGGUGUCUGCAGCUAAAAUCCUCGAAAAGGAGAUAGCUGCAUCCAAAGACAUGGAUAAGAAAGACCAUAAAGACAUGGUAAAACAGAUCAACAAAAUGCUAGUAAAUGUUCAUGCCCUGAAUCAUGCACUGAGCCUUCAAGUCUGAUGGGAAUUUAUCAUAAUGGAAGGAUCUACUGAACUGUGAUGUGUGUUUACUGGACUGUGACAAGCAUUAGCAUACUGUCUUGUGUUCACUGAACUAUGUACAUGUUUGUCGUGUACUCAUCAAACUGUGACAUAGUGUCCUCUAACUGUAACAUAAAUUCAUGACUGUUAUUUUUUUCUUUCUUGAAUUAUGUCUGGUGUUCUUCCAGCUGUGUUACAAGUUCACUGAACUGUGACAUAUCCUUUAAAACAAUGACUUCUAUUAAUGAAAAUGGCGAAACACUAUUACUUUAACUGUAACUUAUAGUUUAGAAAUGUUACUGUAACUUGUGAUUCAGAAAAGUAGUGAUUCCGGGCAAAUUUGUUACAAGUCAUUCUUGAUGAUCCCACUGGAUGUGAGAAUAAAAUGACUUGAUAAAAUAUGUCUCUUGAAAACUCUUCAGCCAACAGUAAGGAAAUCUCGAUACCGAAAAGUGAGGUGUUGGAGUGGUUUUUGGGGUUGUUGUUGGGGGUUGUUCUCAACCUCAAAGUGACUUUUUUUAGUGUUUCUCAAGGAAGUUCUGGACUGUCUCGUGUCUCUCUACAUCUAAAGUGACUUUCUUCAGUGUCUCGUGAACUCUCUCCACAUCCAAUUCAUGAAUCAGGAAAUUCAGUGGUAUCUUGUGGACACUGAACUGACCUGCUCUUUUCAAAUACAUGUGUAUCAGGGAUAUCAGUUUGAUUCCAGUACAUCAGAAAGUGAUCUCUUAAUUAGGAAUGUACAGUACAAGUUUAUGCCAUUGUUUAAAAGCAUCUUGUUUGAAACUUGAUCUAUUUAAGGACCAGAGAAAGCAUUUGUCUUCCUAUAAAUCGUGUUUUAAAUUCUGACAAGAUUUCACGAUAAGAAUAUAUUGAAGUAAAUCCAAAUGUACAUUUGCAUUAAUUUUAAUAUUGUACAUGUAUUAUAAAUUGAUAUACCAUGUCUCCAGGUCCUGUCUGGAAUGUCAUUUGUAUCCUAAAGAAAAUAGUAAAAAAUGUUGCUUGUUGUUUCAGUGUUUGUUGAUGACUGUUGGAAAUCACUGACUUACUGUGUACAGUAUAAGCCUUAGUUUUAUUGUUGUCUAAGUAGGUCUCUAUGUAGAUAGUGUUCAUUUAUGUAUCACACGUCACCUUCAUUUCAACAGCAAAGGUCAUGGAAGUUCAAAUUUUUGCAAUAAUUUUUUGUCCAGGUUACAACUUUUAAAAAUACUAAAGAGGAAAGUUGCUGUACACUCGAAAAGUGCAAUGCCUUGUCCUUGGAUCAUAGCAACUUCCACCUCAAGUUCAAAGGUCAAAUAAAAGCAAACCUUUAAAGAAGAACAGUGAAUUUCAAAACUUUUAUUCUCACACACCUAAUUUAUUUCAAAAGCUAAUGCUUAUGUUUGUUAAAACAAAACUCUCCUAGUUAUCCAAUUGAAAAUAUUUAACUAAAGAUGAAUUCAAAUUGGGCUGUAGAAAUAAGACUGUGUAAAGUUGUGUGUAAAAUUUAACAGAGUUACUCCCCUUCUAAUAUAUGUAGUUAUCUCUCUCUUUAUAUAGCAUUUUGCCAAAUAUGCAAAUUAUUUUUGACCACAGCUAGGAUGUUGCAUCAAAAAUAUAAUUGAAAUCAACAAUUUUUAAGGGUAUGUGGUUAGGUGGUGGGCUGUUUACAUAGCCAAUCCACAAAGGUUCCAACCGUUGAAUUUUUAAAAUACAUUUUUUAUUGCAAAAUUAAAAAGAAAAAAAUUGUGCUUCUUGGUACUUGAACUCACCAUGCUUAUGUUGAUUGUCUGAUGGCUAACCAACUUGACUAUUUAAGCUAGAUGACACUAUGGAGCAUUUCUUGUAUUUAACGUUAACAUUGAACAGAUUAAAACAAUACUGCACAA